GCACGCAACAGAGCACCGGCUAUCAUUUACAUAGACGAGAUUGAUGCAAUCGGAAAGGCGCGUGACGGCGGGGGUGCGGCGGGAGGCAAUAGUGAGCGAGAAAACACACUCAAUCAGUUGCUGGUAGAGAUGGAUGGGUUCAACACCACCGAAGGCAUUGUGGUACUAGCGUCUACCAACAGACCGGAUACGUUGGACAAGGCCCUGUUGCGACCAGGUCGGUUUGAUCGGCAGGUAGAAGUGGGCUUGCCGGAUAGGCCCGGGCGUUUGGAGAUCUUUAAACUACAUAUGAAGAACCUGACCAUGGAGACAGUGGAAGUGGGAGCCCCGGGUGUUGGGAUGUCUUCAAACUACACAUGGGAAAUGUGA